GACCUCGUUUCAUUGGCCUUCUUCUUCCCCCUCAUCAUAUUUAAAGGCCAUUCCCCCCCCAACACCUAACAAACCCGCGACGACAUCACUGAGGAGCGGGACAAGAUGGCGAGCAACGGUCCAACUUUCUACGAGCUGUACCGCCGUAGCAGCAUCGGCAUGACCCUGACCGAUACGCUCGACGAUCUCAUCGGAGAGCAGCGCAUCGAUCCUCAGUUGGCCAUGAAAAUCCUAUCCAACUUUGAUCGCGCCAUUGCCGAGACCCUCUCUGAUAAGGUCAAGGCCCGCCUUACAUUCAAGGGGUCGCUCGAUACCUAUCGGUUCUGCGAUGAGGUUUGGACCUUCCUGAUCAAGAACGUCACGUUCAAGAUGGAGAACGGCGCGCAGACAGUCACUGCGGAUAAGGUUAAGAUUGUUAGCUGCAACGCCAAGCGCCCCGAAGGACAGUAGCCUGAAUGGAAUCAUCUAUCAGAACUACCGACGUGAGAUCGGGUCGACGAGCCCGAGAAGACGGCGGAGAUCUACGAGGGGGGCGGGCCUCUGCGUGAGAAUGGUUACAUCUCGAGAUGGUCUGCGACACGCCCGAUGGUUGUACAGUAUUGGUUUCGGCAUGGAUUUGCAUUGAAACGGCGUUCAUUGGUCAUGGUUCAAGGUCAAGGUCGGGUUGGGUCUUAGGGAACGGCGCCUUAUCGUUAGCAGUGAUUUUGCCUGGGCCACGAAAGACGGGCGAAAGCAUGGAGAUUGAUGCUGCCUACAUCUCAUAAAAAUACAUUGCCAUUUUCAGGUAGCAGUGCAGCUC